AGGACCUACAUCUAUUUAAUAGUGAGAUUAAUUUUUCAACCAGCAGAAUUAAAAAUCCCUCAGCUAUUGUACAACUCGCGCAGACCCUAAUUCUGCUAUUUCUCGUUUUAUUCCCGUCUUCCUCCAUCUUCUCGCUCAAGCCAUCUUCCAUCAUCAUCAUCAUCGACCCUCACCGGAGCAGCCAGCGGCCACAAUCUCAUCUUCCGUCAACGUUCAGUUCCAGCAUUCGGGACCCGUCGAGUCCUGUCGGAGUGCCGAACGUAGCCGUCGAGGCCCGUCGA